GGGACUUCCGGCGCGACGUGGAAUCGGCGGCGGCGGCGGCGGCGGCGAGGAAAGGUGGCCGCGCGCGAUGCAGGGGGCGCGGCACGUCGUGUGCGCCGUGUCGGGCGGGGUGGACAGCGCCGUGGCCGCGCUGCUGCUGAGGCGGAGAGGUUACCAGGUGACAGGGGUGUUUAUGAAGAACUGGGACUCGCUGGAUGAGCAUGGAGUUUGCAUGGCUGACAAAGACUGCGAAGAUGCUUACAGAGUUUGCCAAAUCCUAGACAUCCCCUUCCAUCAAGUGUCCUACGUGAAGGAGUAUUGGAAUGACGUGUUCAGUGAUUUUUUAAAUGAAUAUGAAAAAGGAAGAACUCCCAAUCCUGACAUAGUCUGCAACAAGCAUAUCAAAUUCAGUUGUUUUUUUAAUUAUGCUGUGGAUAAUCUUGGAGCAGAUGCAGUCGCUACGGGUCACUAUGCAAGAACGUCCCUGGAAGAUGAAGAGGUCUUCCAGCAGAAGCGCAUUAAGAGGCCGGAAGGGCUUUUCAGAAAUCGAUUUGAAAUUAGAAAUGUGGUAAAACUUCUGCAAGCAGCUGACAGCUUUAAAGACCAGACCUUCUUUCUCAGCCAGGUUUCCCAGGAUGCCCUGAGGAGAACCCUCUUCCCCCUGGGGGGGUUAACGAAAGAUUUUGUAAAGAAAAUAGCUGCUGAGAAUAGUCUUCGUCAUGUGCUCCAGAAAAAAGAGAGCAUGGGCAUCUGUUUCGUUGGUAAAAGAAAUUUUGAAAAUUUCAUUCUUCAGUAUUUACAGCCUCGACCUGGUAAAUUUAUUUCUAUAGAAGACAAUAAAGUUCUGGGAACGCAUAAAGGUUGGUUCCUGUAUACUUUGGGCCAGAGAGCCAACAUAGGUGGCUUACGGGAGCCCUGGUACGUGGUGGAGAAGGACGGCGCCAGGGGCGACGUGCUCGUGGCCCCCCGGACAGACCACCCAGCCCUGUACAGGGACCUGCUGCGGACCGGCCGCGUGCACUGGGUGGCGGAGGAGCCGCCCGCAGCCCUGGUCCGCGACAAGAUGAUGGAGUGCCACUUCCGGUUCCGCCACCAGAUGGCGCUAGUGCCCUGCGUGCUGACCCUCAAUCAAGACGGCACUGUGUGGGUGACGGCCGUGAAGGCCGUGCGGGCUCUCGCCCUGGGACAGGCUUGACCCAAGGGUGGCCCCAACGUCUGGAGCUGUGUGGCCAGCACUGCGGCAAGGACUCCAAGAGAGGCCUGGGAAGGGGUGGGCCCUGUGGGCUGAAGAGUGUGUGGGAUCCUCCACUGUCUUCUCUUUGCUCCCACCGAUUUUCCCCAAAGGUAGCCCCAGGUGGGUGGAAGUGAGGCAGUGCAGGCAGCUAGAACCCUGGAAGAAACCCAUCUUUUUGGAUAGAGGAACCAAGAAAAGGGGCCCCAGGAGUAACAGCGUGUGAGGCAAAUCCCAGGGAGGAGAGAGCGCUGGCGGAAUGGACCCCUCGCUUUCCAUAUAUACUGACAGGCGCUGGCUCACCCUGAGUUGGAACAGACCCAAAGCAGCAUAUGAAAGGCUUUGCGGGCAGAACAGACAUAAACCACCCCAAGUCCUAGACUAACCGAGUGGCAGGUGUACAGAGUGGACCCAAGGCGGCACAGCAAAGCCACAGCCACAGAAGGAGACAGAACUUGUGGUCUGAACCUAAUGGGGUUGACUGCAUUCUAAAACAAACUGACAUCUGCCAGCGGAUUUUAACAGGACCCUGAGGCUCAUGAUGUAACAUUCAAAGAUGUCAAUCAAGGAUUCAGUUUGAAAUUAGCCAGCAUACAAAGAACCAGGAAACACCAAGAGAAAAGAAAACAGAUUGCAGCCCCAAGAUGACCCAGAUGCCCAAAUUACCAAAGAAUUUAAAGCAUCUGUUAUAAUCAUGCUCUAUGAGGUAAAGGUAAACACUCUUGAAAUUCACGGAAAACUAGAAGUCUUCAGUAGAGAAAUAAAAGUAAUAAAAAGGAACCAAAUGGAAAUUUUAGAACUUAAAAUUAAAAUAUUUUAAGUUAAAAAAAAAAAAUCACUGGAUAGGCUCAAUAGCAGAAUGGAGAUAAUAGAGGAAAGAAUCAGUCAACUUGAAAAUUGAUCACUAGAAAUGAUCUAAUCUGAAGAACAGAAAAAAAGUGAAAACAGAUGAACAAAGCCUCAGGAACCAGUUGUGUUCACUGGCGUCCCAGAAGGACAGGAAAAAGAGAUUGGUGCAGGAAAAAAAUUUUGAAGUGCGAGGUGCAAGAGUCUGGAUGAGCAGGAAAUGAAUAGAAGGUUCCGGAAUGGCUCCUGCUCCCCCGGGCUUGUCAGCAUCCUGUACAUGGUCCCUUUUCCAGGGCUGCCUUAGGAAGGGGUGGGAACAGGGAUGCAGGAGUGGGGGGAAAACCAGACAGCAGAAGUACAAAUUCAAAAAAAA